AUCAUUAACAAGAGAAAAAAGGAAAAGGAAAGAAUUCAAGAAGCGAACGAUGGGAAAUAAAGUAGCUACAUUCUCUGAGGAACAAUUGGAAGAUUAUCAAGAUUGUACAUUUUUCACGCGUAAAGAAAUUUUAAGAAUAUUCAAACGUUUUCGAGAAAUGGGUGAUCCAGGAAUGGUUCCACGUACGAUGACGUCACAGGAAGCAUCAACUCUGCGCUUACCGCUGUCAUGUCUGGCACGUAUUCCAGAACUCAAGGAAAAUCCAUUUAGAGAACGAAUUUCAGAAGUGUUCACAAAAAGCAACAGAAGACAACAAUCAGAAAAUACCGAAGGUAUUUGUUUCGAAGAUUUCCUCGAGAUGAUGUCUGUCUUCUCAGAGCAGGCACCGCGGGAUCUGAAGGUCUUUUACGCCUUUAAGAUUUACGACUUCGAUGAGGAUGGAGUUUUAAGUGUCGGUGAUUUGGAACGCACCUGUCGGCAGCUGAUCCAAGGUGGUCUAACUAGCGAGGAAGUAUACACCGUGUGUCAAAAAGUUUUAGAGGAAAGUGACAUUGACGGUGAUGGAGCUCUCUCAUAUCUCGAUUUUGAACACGUUGUGACUAGAGCACCGGAUUUCAUCUCGACAUUUCAUAUAAGGAUAUAAAUCUUAUCUCGUUUGAUCAAGAGAAGAAAAAAACGAAAUAAAAGUAUCACAAAGUUAAAGAACUUACUCAAUAGCAACUAAAUACACGGAUUAAAUUGCGUUUAACGAGCAGCAGGAAUAAAGACGCGUUCGUUUACAAUUAAUGGCGGCGAAAAAGCGUCAUGGAAAAACAUCGGCCAGUGAACGUUAUUUCGCAAAACUCAUGGGAUAAUUAUUACCUUGGUAAGAGUCCGUACCGAAGAGUUACUACUAUAUACCCUGUUACACGUUACAGGCAUACUUUCUUGCACGGGUUCUGCGAGUCGCCCCUGUUGAGCAACAACGAGCAAUGCCGGGGAUAAGUAAGCAGGCCAUUCAUUCUUCCUUUAUACGAGAGUAUCGGAGACCGUAGGAGAUCUUACAUAGGAUUUUAUGAGUUUAAGAAAGUCAUAAGAUACCAGGAGAUCCUUGAGAUUGACAAUAUUUUUAUUUAAUAAUCAAAUACAAAAAAUAUCAAUGAUGACUAUCACAUUAAAACAUAUAAAGGACACCUCUUAAAGAGUUAAUCAAUUAUAUUUCAUAGAUCAUAAUAAAAAAAAAAAAUAGAUACAACAAAGCUAGAUAUUUCAUAGUUUAAAUCUUAAAAGGUUUAAAAAAAUAAGAUAUUAGUCAAGAAUUAGAUAGAAGGAGAAAUUUUGAUCAAGCUGGUUUCGCAAAGUUUCUUUCCCUCUCUCUUUUUCUCUCUCUCUCUCUCUCUCUCUCUCUCUCUCUCUCUUUCUUUCCCUCUCUCUCUCUCGACGACUUCAGAGAUAGUCAGACUCUUGCGAGCAUCGAGGAGCCAUCGUGUACGAGCCGUCGUCCCUUUCGAUCGUUCUCUCUCCUUCUCCCUAUUUCUCCUUGUCUUUCUCUCUCUCUCUCUCUCUCUCUCUCUCUCUUUCUCUCUCCUUCUCCUUCUCCUACUGCUGCUGCUGCUGCUGUGGCGGGGUUUGGUCGUCUCAAAAAGCGGUCGAAAUCGGAGAUACCACCCUGUGGCACGGCCGGUUAUAGUCGGCCGCACGGUAACUAACCGAGUCUCGAGACCAAGGCCAUCCGGUCACUUCUCGUCCUCUCCACCAGUCUUGGUGUCCGACCCCUUUCCCCGUAGAAGCUUGCUCCGUGAGGAGGAGCAGGAGCCAUUGCUUCAACAUUUCAACAUUUUCUCUCUCUUUCUCUUUCUUAGAAUAUACAUAUAUGUAUGCGUAUGAUGUGUAUAUAUAUAUAUAUAUAUGUAUGUAUGGGAUAUAUAUAUUUCUUUUAAAAUAAUCUUUUAGUUUUACUUGCUCAUUUCAUUGUUAUAUUUUACUUUAAUCUUAUUCCAUACGAUGAUAAUAGUCAAGAAGGUUAAAUAAACUUAGUCAGUCUUUUUUUCUCUCUUUUUCUUUCUUUCUUCUUCUUUCUUCCUCUUUCUAUCUGUUGGUUGUCGAGCCAACCGGCUUCCAUGGCAUGCUUCUAUGCAUUCUUCGGCCUCCUCGACGUGGCUCGUCUCGACAAGUCCAGAGCCCUCGGGGGCGGGCAAAGAGAGAGAGGAGGGGCAAGGGGGAAGGUGGAGGGAACAGACGAGAUGAGAAGUCAGAGAGAAGAGGAAUGAGAAGGCAAAGAUCGCGGGUGGACGACGAGCAGAAAAAGGGAGAGGUGCUGGACUCUCCAGCCGAUGGAGGGAGCUCAAGAAGUGGCGGAGGGCAGAGAUUUGAACCUGACUUUUACGUCGGUCCCGCCAACUACGGACCCAGCUAAGGCCCUGGCGUGGGCGAUCUCUUCUCCUUCAGAGAGUAAAAGAGAGAAAGACAGAGAGAAAUCUCUCGAACCUUCGCAAGGGCCUUAACCUAUACCUCUGUCAUUGACACCUUUAGGGAUUGUGAUAUUUCGUUAUACUAUUUUUUUUCGAUCGAAAAGAAUUCGAAUUGAAAAAAAAAAAAGAAGAAAAUAAGAUCGAAAAUUUCUAUUAGCGUCAACGAUAUCUAACCUAUCGUAUGAUUAUAUCUAAUAUAUAAGAUUAUCGAUAAUUAAAUCGAGUCUCUUGAAUAAAAGAAUUAUAUUUU